CUAACUACAGGCUAAAGCUGUGUGAACGUCUGUCUAAACCUGAAAUCAAUCAUGAGUCAAACUCUUCUCCUUUUAUUUGCCUUUUUUCCAUAUGUUUCUGGCAUCUCCCUGACCUCGUCUCCUGCACAGACUAAAGCUCCUGGUCAGUCGGUCAGGUUGUCCUGUCAGAUUUCUGGAUACGCUCUUACAGACUGGGGCACAGCUUGGAUCAGACAUCCUCCUGGAAAAGCCAUGGAGUGGAUCGGGAUCAUAUGGGGUGGUGGAUCAAUAGACUCUGGGAACUCCUUCAAGAGUCGCUUUACCAUUUCCAGAGACACAGGCAGAAAUGAGCUGUACUUAGACAUCAGCAGCCUGCAAACUGAGGACACAGCUGUGUAUUACUGCGCAAGACAGCCACAGUGGCUCAGUAUCAGUGGUGAUGAAAUUCGAUUAGAUCAGUCACCUGCUGUGACAAAGAGUCCCAGAGAAACAGUGAAGAUCUCCUGUAAAAUAUCUGGGUUUAUAAUGACAAGCUCCUACAUGCACUGGAUACGGCAGAAGCCUGGAAAAGCUCUGGAGUGGAUUGGGAAAGUUAAUACUGGCAGCAGUUCUAGCUCUGAUUAUCUUAUCUAUGCAGACUCUAUAAAAAACCACUUCACGAUGAGUGAGGACGUUUCUCAAAGUACACAGUAUCUUGAAGCCAAGAGUCUGAGAGAAGAGCACACUGCUAUUUAUUACUGUGCUCGAGAACCAGGGCACAGCGACUCCAUCUAA